AUGGGACAAAUGAGGUCCUGAAAAAAAAAAUUUCUUACUCCCUGUGUGAGUGAACAAAAAAAUUUUGUUCACUCACGGAGAGGGGGGUUAAUUUUUUUUUUUAUAAAAUUUAUAUAUAAAUUUUAUAAAAAAUAUUUUUUUUCGAAAUUUAAAAAAAUCCUAAUUCGCAAAAAUUGGAAAGCAAAUAUUAAUUCAAUUUGCAAAAUUUAUGUUUUAAAAAGCAAUUCGUUCAAAAUUAAACAGAAUUAG